CUUUGUUACUUUUUAGCGUCCCUCCUUUUCUAGUUUCUCUGUUUUCCAUUGUCUCUCUUUAUUAACCCUCUUUCUGAAAAGGAGAAGAAAACAAAACAGCAUUGCAACAUAUGGGUGCUUCUGGCAACAAUUUUCUCCAAGUGGUCGCUAAGAACUUCGAUGUUCUUGCUCUGCCCUUGGUCACCCUCGUUUACCCUUUAUAUGCUUCAAUCAAGGCCAUAGAGAGCAGGUCUACUACUGAUGAUCAACAAUGGCUCACUUAUUGGGUUCUCUAUUCUAUGAUCACACUCUUCGAGCUCACAUUUGCUAAAGUUCUUGAAGUGCUUGCCAUAUGGCCUUAUGCUAAGUUGAUCCUAAGCUGCUGGCUGGUUCUUCCAAACUUUAAUGGGGCAGCACAUGUUUAUAGGCACUACGUUAGACCAUUCUAUAUGAAUCCACAAAUGCCGCAAAUCCCAUUGCCGGGAGCUUCUCAAAUGUGGUAUGUUCCACGGAAGAACAUAUUUAGUAAGCAGGAUGAUGUCCUUACUGCUGCUGAGAGAUACAUGGAAGAGCAUGGAACAGAAGCAUUUGAAAGACUCAUAACCAAGGCCGACAGAGAAGCUAGAGGAAGGAGGAAUGGAAAUCAUAUGAUCUUUGAUGAUGAUUAUAUAUAUUAACUCUGUUAACCCUUAAACUUUUCUCUGUAGUAUCACCAUGACAAUGCAUUAAUAGUUAUUUAAGUGUAUGACUUAUGAAUUUAGUGACUAUAGAUAUAUAUAUGUUUAGUUCAGGUUGAGACAUUUCA